AUGUCACAGCUUGACACCCUCAUAUGUGGAGCUGGUAUAGCGGGCUCGACGCUCGCAUACUGGCUAGCUCAAGCCGGUCACAAAAUUACCCUCAUAGAGAGAGCGCCCGAGAUACGAAAUUCAGGACUCGGUGUAGACGUACGUGGGCCUGCUGUCGAAGUCAUCCGACGCAUGGGAAUCUUAGAGCAGGUCCGAGCUCGGACAACAGGCGAGGAAGGGAUAGCGUUCGUUGACUCCAAAGACCACACCUUUGCGUUCUUCGGCAUCGAUGAGAAUAGUCUUGAGACAAAUCCAACAUCUGAGAUUGAGAUCAUGCGCAGCGAGUUGGCAAAGCUUAUUACCACGGCCGUCAUGGACGACAAAAACGUCGAAAUUAGGUAUGCAACUUUUGUAACAGCCAUUACCCAGGAUGAGCAAAAAGCUUUCGUAACUUUCAACGGCGGAAAGAUAGCAAGCUUCGACCUGGUGAUUGCAGCAGAUGGACUUGGUUCAUCGACUCGAAAGGUGAUUCUUGAAGAAGAUAAGGAUCAGGGGGCUGUACGUUCACUCGGUCAAUACACAGCUUAUUUCAGCCUUCCUCGCGAGGAGCGUGACGGCAAGCUAUGGAAAUGGCACACGGCACCGGGAUCGAGGAUCCUCACAACACGUCCCAAAAACGACACGGAGUCUUGUGCAUACCUGUCGAUAAUGCCAAAAGACGAAGCACAAUUCCAAAACAUCUUGAAAGGCGGCGCUGCUGAACAAAAAGGCGAAUUAACAAAACGUUUUGAUGGCGCCGGCUGGCAAACCUCGCGUCUCCUCUCAGCUAUGCAGGAGGCAGACGACUUCUAUCUCCAGCAUAUAGCACAAGUCAAGCUACGCUCUUGGCACAACGGCCGGCUAGCUUUGGUGGGAGAUGCUGCGUAUGGCCCUUCGCCGCUGAGUGGCGUGGGAACUAGUCUCGCUAUCUUAGGAGCGUACGUACUUGCUGGAGAGAUCGUCAAAUCUUGGAACAAUCCUGUCGCCGCUUUUCAGGCAUACGAAGAGAAACUUCGCUCCUACGUCGAGAAGAAGCAGAAAAUUCCUCCAGGAGUCCCUAGACUGGUACAAUCUGGCGGCUCCUUUGAUAUCGAUUACAGCGUUCUUGGUCCCAGCGACAAUGUGAUAAUGGGCAACAACAAAGAGCGCCAAGUCGAUGCAGUCUUUACAGCUAAGGAGACGGGUGAAUACAGGUUCUGCUUUGACAAUGAGAUGAGCACGUAUACGGAGAAGAUGGUGGACUUUGAGAUUGCCGUCUUCAAUUGGCAGGUUGAGGGAGAAGGCCCGUCUGCCCUUCUGCCCGCAAAGCAAACCACUUCGCCUGAACAGACGUCUGGGCUUGAAGAGUCCAUAUUGAAGGUGUCGCGUGACCUCUCAACCAUCAAUCGCAAUCAGAAAUACUUCAGGACGAGAGAGAACAGGAACUUCAGUACUGUGAAGAGCACGGAGACAAGAAUAUUCAAUUUCAGCGUUGUAGAAAGCGGGCUGAUGGUAUGUAUGGCUGGGUUGCAAGUAUUCAUUGUUAGGUUUUUCUUCCAGGGGGCAAGAAAAGACGCCCAUCCCGACGCCACCACUGGAGGCACAUCUGAUGGGCUCGGCUUGCUAUGCCAUCAGCUAUCCAGCCUAGCGGUGAAAGCUGGCUCCGUUCCAAGAGCUUCGAAACGGAAGUUCGCCGAAGACUUUAACGCCUCCAAACCCCGCAUCAAACGUGUGAGAUGCGGCUCACGCGUUACUUUACCAGAGGACAUAUUCUACAUAAUUGCGAAGUACUGCGACCAAGGUACUCGUUUUCAACUGAGCCAGGUGUCGACAAAUUUCCUGGUGGUUGUCAUACCAUCUCUCUAUCGUCACGUCGAUUUGAGCAUGCAUGCCGCCGACUCCGCAUUUUUGUCCCCCUCAGUCGACCAUCAAGUAGUACCCGAAUCCCUUAUUCGAAAACAGAAGAGCUUCCUGCGAACUGUUCUCAAAUUACCGAAUGUUGCUUCUUGGGUGCGCAGUCUGUGCUGGACGUACUUGCCGCUUGUAGACGAUGAAGAGCCGAAGGGGGACGGCUUCGCGCGAUGGCGUCAAGAUUAUAACCGUGUAUGGCGACCUCUAAUCAACACAUGGGAGAUACUGGCUCAAUUGCCGCAUCUCCGGCACCUCAACUUGGGACAGCUGCCAAAUUCUAACAAAGCACUAUGCAUAAUGACUCCCCAAGGGCAGCUGGCGUGCAAGCCACAACUAAUAUCCCUACAUGUGAAUGGAGCUCUGGAGCCGUUCAUUUCUGGAUCGAUACGCUGCUCCUUUCGAACAGAUGUAUUGACGAGCUUGACAUAUAGUAAUGUCUCGUUGCAUCUCAGAUCACUGGAAUACCUAAGGGGUCACAUCAUCGAUACACAUGGCGAGGCACCUAUUUAUGACUACGUUUGGAUCCACAGACGACCUGCGCUCCAGCGCGAGAUCAUGAGAAUGCUUGAUGCUGGGGAAGCACGCCAGCGAGAUCGAUCUAUUCUGUGGUACCCAUCAUUAAAGCACCUUACUGUCCGAGUCGCUGGCCUGCGAUACUCCGAAGAAACAUCUUGGCUGUACCUGCUGGCCAUGGGCAUGAACCACACCAUAGUCAACAAUCUCGUGGCCGCAAACAGCAGAACUUUAGAAACUUUUGUGUAUGAACAAGGACCUCUUAGAAAACCAGCCUUUGGCCGAAAGGUCAAUAUUUAUCGGGUGAUGGAUUACGAGUUUACCUUACGCCUUGGUCCUCAGCUGCUCCAGGUACAGUGGCCAUGUCUGAAGCGACUGGAACUUAGAGGCGUUGGGUGCGGGCACCGAGUUGGAGGAUUGAUCCUUGUGCAAGAUCAGAAGCCGAAGCCCCUGUGUAGAUCAUGGCAAGGGAAUAUCAGGGAAGUGAUUGGGAAGAAAGCCGAGAUGCUUGUCACUACUGAGUCAAGGGUCUUUGACUACAUCGACAUUCCUGACGCUUCAUUCUUGGAAAGGAGAUGA